GCAGGUUCUUCAGGUCCUGCAGAGAGAAGUUCACCGGGAAGUUCUAAAAACYAACCAAGUGGGCCAGGUUCGGACCGCUGGAUCUGGAUCGAAGCGGUUUAACACUUCCUACGCGCGUGUUCGUUGGAGGACAGAUACGGUCCAGAUGUUGUAGCGCGCGCAGAAUAAAACGGAACUACUAACAGAUAUUUGUCUUGAAGCUGUACACCUGUUUCAUUUGUCCAGCAACAGGGGCAGAAAACAAGACCAAAAACUUCUGCAUCACAGCGGAACAAACGGAUGAAUCAUUGAUUUUUAAGAGACUUCUUCUCUUUUUUUGUUGUUUUCUUCUUAUCUUUAUUUUUUUGAAGGACCAAGAAGAAGGAGAUCCAGGAGAUGACACUCCUCGCCUUGCUCAUCUUCUUCACUCUCUCCUGCACAUACAGCGGAGCAGAGAAUGCAGAGGAGCGGCUGAUGAACUACCUGCUGGGGCCAGAGCGCUACAACAAACUGAUCCGACCAGCUGUCAACAAGAGUCAACAGGUCACCAUCUCCAUCCAGGUGUCUCUGUCUCAGCUCAUCAGUGUCAAUGAGAGGGAACAGAUUAUGACCACCAACGUGUGGCUGUUUCAGGAAUGGAAUGACUACAGGCUGAGAUGGGAUCCAGACAAAUAUGAAGGCGUGAAGAAACUGAGAAUCCCCUCCAAACUGAUCUGGCUUCCUGACAUCGUGCUUUACAACAAUGCUGAUGGAGURUACGAGGUGUCCUUCUACUGCAACGCUGUGGUCUCCAACACCGGAGACAUUUUCUGGCUCCCCCCGGCUAUCUACAAGUCAGCCUGUCCCAUCGAGGUGCAGAACUUUCCUUUUGACCAGCAAAACUGYACCCUCAAGUUUCGCUCCUGGACCUACGACCACACCGAGCUGGAUCUCAUCCUCACCAGUGAUUUCGCCAGCCGGGACGACUUCACGCCGAGCGGGGAGUGGGACAUCGUUUCGCUGCCGGCCCGCAAGAACGAAGACCCCAACGACAUCACCUACCUCGACAUCACCUACGACUUUGUCAUCAAGAGGAAGCCCCUGUUUUAUACCAUCAACAUGAUCAUCCCCUGUGUGCUGAUCACCUCGUUAGCCAUCCUGGUGUUCUACCUGCCRUCAGACUGCAGAGAGAAGAUGACUCUGUGCAUCUCGGUGCUGCUGGCGCUCACUGUGUUUCUGCUGCUGAUAUCAAAGAUAGUGCCACCCACCUCUCUGGCUGUGCCACUCAUAGGUAAAUACUUGAUGUUCACCAUGGUUCUGGUCACGUUCUCCAUCGUGAGCACCGCCUGCGUCCUCAACGUGCACCACCGCUCCCCGUCCACCCACUUCAUGCCCGACUGGGUCAAGCACCUGUUUUUGGUCCGCCUCGCCACCCUCCUCCUCAUGAAGCGACCGGGCGCCUCCAACGUCCACCGAAAGUUUGCCAGCCUGAAGCCCGUCUGUAAAAACAAGUUCCCAAGCAGCUCGGGCAGGAGGCAGCCCUCCGACAUCCGACUGGCCGGAGUCCAGCCGGAUUAUGUUAACGAGGACUUUGCGCGCAGGUGUUGGUGGAAGCAGACGGAAAUUCCAGACGGACGGAUUUCGGACUUCCCAGAGCCGUGGGACGCAGACCUGGAGGAGGCAGUGGACGGAGUGAGAUACAUCGCUGAACACAUGAAGAUUGAAGACGACAGUGAAGGAAUCAUCGAGGACUGGAAGUACGUGGCCAUGGUGAUAGACCGCCUUUUCCUCUGGAUCUUCAUCCUGGUGUGCGUGGUGGGAACCCUCGGACUCUUUCUGCAGCCGCUGUUCCAAAGCUACAACACGCCCACAGCUGAUGACACAGAAUAUGGAGAUUUCUAGAGACUCUGGGAUGCAACAAGGAAAGAAAAACAUCCCACAUUGAAGCCUUGAGAAGCUUAAACCUCAUCUGUGGGGCUUUUGGUUGGAUUUGACAUGCAGCCAGUCUAAACCAAGCUGCCGGCUGCACCUGAUGUUUCUGCAAGACCGGACAACAAAUCAGACUCUGAAACCUGGUCUCUGCAAACAUCCGAGGAACUGAACUCCAAUAAAAGCCUGACAGCAUUYAUGGUAUUUUUUUAAAUAAGCAGCUUCUGUCAAGGUGAACUGUUGCAGGCUGGGUUCUUUUCAAUAAAAACAUUGUUAUUUUAGACAGCCUUUGUGGCUCAACAGACUCAUUGUCUUCACACUGCAGCUCCCAUGAGGUCAGCUCUUCUCUGCAGCAUCYCUGAUAAGAAAAAAUCACACAGUUUUUACUGCAGUGGAUUAGAAUUCCUCAUGUCUCCACGUUAUCCAAACCRAGGUUUAUUGUCACAAAGUUUUGUCCUCUUCACCUUUUUACGUCAUUAAAAUUUAA